CAAUUUACAUUUAGUUUAUAUUUUGUUUUAGGGAAUUUGGUGACAGUGAUAGCCUUAAUAAGAUGUCCGAAAUUAAGGAUACAUGCCACUACAGCGUUCGUUCUCUCCCUGUGCAUAUCUGACCUCAUAUUUUGCUUAGUAAAUUUGCCGUUGACCGCGGCAAGGUAUAUUUACGAAUCAUGGGUAUUUGGGGACGGUCUCUGCAAGCUAUUUCCGGUACUGUUUUAUGGAAAUGUCGCAGUUUCCGUUCUGAAUAUGGUGGCGAUCACGUUGAAUAGAUAUGUCCUUAUAUCCUGCCAACAGUACUACAACCGACUGUAUUCCAAAGUUUCUAUAUGGGUCCAGUUAGUUUUUAUCUGGGGUAUAGCAUUUCUUCUAAUGAUGCCCCCGUUGGUAGGAAUCUGGGGACAGUUGGGACUGAAUCCAUCCACAUUUUCCUGUACGAUACUACCGAAAGACGGAAAAUCUCCGAAGAAAGUUAUUUUUUUAAUAGGUUUUAUCCUUCCUUGUGUAGUUAUAAUAUUGGCGUAUUCGUGUAUAUAUUAUAGUGUCAGAAAAUCAAGAAAAAAAUUAAAAUCUCAUCGACCCAUUACGGAAAAGAAGAGCACUCGAAGAGAACGGGACGACAGCCGACUGACGAAACUCAUGGCCCUGAUAUUCGUCUGCUUCCUUAUAUCGUUCUUGCCAUUGAUGUUAGUUAACGUCCUUGACGACAUUGACAUUAGAUAUCCAACUCUGCACGUAUUAGCUUCCAUAGCAACUUGGGCUUCUAGUGUUAUCAACCCAUUUAUAUACGCUGCCAGUAACAGGCAGUACCGUUCAGCAUACUCCAAGUUAUUUAGGAUAGUUAAGUCUAGUGUAGCUUUUUCUGAUUCUAAGCAUUCGAAUAACUUAAAACAAGAUAAAAAUUCGGUUACCUACAAGCCUAGUGGUAGCGUCACACAUUCCUGA